GGCGUUUCCGUGAUGUUUGCGAAGAAGCGCAAGGCGGAGGAGCCGCCCGAGUCGCCUGCGGACGACAGCGAUGAGUUUGAGCCGCUCCCGUUCAUCGGGAGGGCAUCAGUCGACGCGCUGUUGAAGGAGGCCGACGAGGCACUCGCCGCCAUCGAGCAGUCAGCCAAACAGAUGCGCAAGAAGCUGCGGCAGCAAGCCAAGACGAUCAAGGACCUGAUCACGAGCAGCGGAGGACAGCCGAGUGUGACGGGCCCGUUGAGUGAGGAGAUUGAGGUCAAUGUGGGCGGGACGGUGCUGUGUGUGCCUCGCAAGCCGCUGCUGCUGCCCGGCGUGAGUGAGAGCAUCAUCGCCUACCUGCUGCUGUACCACCUGGAUGGGCUGCCCAAGGACACAGAGGGCCGCCCAUUCCUGGAUGCCGACCCAAUCUACUUUGACUGGUGAGCCAAGCAACACGCACACAGACAGGGAGGGCUUGCAAACUCACAAACAAUGCUGCCUGGCGUAUCUGUUGACGUCAGGCUGUUUGACGAGAUCGCCGGUGUCGGUGCUGCUGAUGCGGAGGCCGAGAGCCACGAGAUCAAGCUGACGGGUGACCACAGCACCGACGUGUCGUCCCUCUUUUGGCACGAGCUCCUCUUCAACACCAAGACCGGCCUGGACAUCGACAUGCCCAUAGACGCAGCGCCGCAAGACGACGAUGACGAAAUGCAACUGGACGACCAACAGCAGCAGUCCAGCCAGCAGCAGAGGGAGGCGGCAGGAGAGCAAGAUGAGGAUGAGGCUGCCGACCACAUGGCGGGACUCGACACCGGCAUCGCACGGACGGAGGCGUCACUGCGGUGCCUCGAUGCGUCAGUGGGGCGGCUGGGCGAGGUGCAGCGGGGCCUGCUCAACUUCCACAAGCUUGUCAAGCCGCUGCUAGCGAUGGGGGCGACUGACGAGGGAGGGGAGGGCGAUCAGAUAAGGAGCGUGCGCGUCCUGGGCAAGACCAUAUCGACCACCGAGGCCACACUGGCGCGUGUCGGCCGCGACAAACGGCUCUACACGACGUUCCACAGGUGGGUCACACAACACCAAACAGAUGGGCGGGAGAGGCACAAUCCUCAUGCCUGUGUCCUUCUGUUGUGUCUGCAGCGAUUCGAGUGUGUCGUGCAUCCGCCCCAACCAUCUCAUGAAGGUCAUCGACUUCUCCCGCAGACAGCGCAUCGCACCGCCCGGCACUUUGGUGAGCCCGCCUACAUCGAGCGACGACAGGCAGAUGCAGGCCGACACUGAGAUGUAUGGGCUGAAGUACGAGCCCUUCUUCAGCGGCGUGGCUGGGGGCGACUUGGUCAUCGAGACGGACGACGAGAUGGCGGAGCUGCUCAACAUGACGGGCAAGACCUCACCAAUGCCGUUACUCGUAUACAAUUCAGCGAGCCACACACACACAGACAGCAGCGAGGGGGCCCUGAAAGAUCUGCCUUCGGGUGUGUCUGUUCUGUGUGUGUUGUGUGUCGUCCCUCAGGGGUAGUCGCGACAUGUAUGCCUUCCCCAAGAUGCUCGAGUGCGUGGCCGGCAAGAGCGGCCUCCUCUUCGCCCUCCAAGACGGCCAUACACACCGAUUCGGCUGCUUCAUCGAUGGCCCCAUACAGACCAACGGCCCCUACGACGUGCCCGUCUUCUUCUUUUCGCUGUCGGGUGCGUACGAGACGCCGACCAAGAUCGAGAUACCGGAGAGGGACCAGUGGGUGGAGGUGGCCGGCACACAUGGGGUGGUGGAGGACUACGAUGGCGAGUCGCGUGCCGAUAUGUGCAUCGGCUAUGGUCGGCUUUGGCUUGGCUUUGCUCGGCGGCCUGGUCCGGCGGCCGACCUCAGCCGCUGCCAUCAGUGGAUCGGCAGGGAUGAGCUGUCGGAGGGAUACGCGGGGGAGAGGUAUGACGGCGAUGGCACGUUGGCGCAGUCCGGGGACUUCGCGUGCGAUGAGAUGGAAAUCUGGCAGGUGAGUGCACACCCACUCAUCUGUGUGGAUGUGUCGAUCCGCGUGUCUGUGGCUGGCUGGAUGUGCAGAUUUCCAUCGGCUGAUGUUGUCUAACGUCGACGACACCAUGCGAGCGGGCAGCAGGUAUGUUGCAAAACAGCGAGGCGCUUGAUAAUGAAAACGAUGCGUUUCGCUCUUGUCUCUGUCUGUGUUGCUGUGGUGCAGGUGGUGGAUGUGUUGACGGAUUGCAGAGAGCAGAGGCUGAACCGCUCUCUCACAGAUGCCA